UCCAACAGUGGCAACGUUAACCUAUCUUAUGAGCUAACGGUAGCUAACUAUUCCGAGUGAGUUACUAGCUACAUUAUUUAGCUGUAUGGUUGAUUACACCUUUAUGAUAUUAAUGUACAUGAGCACAGUGAACGUUUUUGUUAUGGAACGCAUAGGGUGCUGUGAGAUGCUUUUAUUUUAGCCCGUCCGCAUUUACGGCCGGUUAGAAAACUAGGUUUGUGGGUUCAUAUUUACCCCAGAGAAGCUACCGUUAGCAUUAGCAUUAUCUAGGAGAGGGUCUGAAGUACACAAAUACUUUAGCUGAGUGCUGCUAACACUAGGCUGUGUUAAGUUUUUUUUUUUUAAUGUAAGCCAUAACUAUUUUAUCUGCGGUUGUUCGCGCCCCAAAGUUUGGGGUUCUAACUUGAAUUGCGUCGCCUCUAGUAGCCAGCAUGGAGAAUAUUUUGGAAGAUUAUAAAAUCCAGGAUUUCGACACAGAAACUCAGAAUAUUCUCAAAGCAGCACUGAGCGACCCUUCCACAGUGGACCUGGGGAAGCUUUCUGAAGCCAUUGUGAAUGAGUCGCUGAAAGAUAGAUCCUUGUGUAGAGAUGCGGGUCACAUCUGUUAUGUCUUGGUACAGACGGAGGCAAAGAAAGGCAACACAAGUGUGUUCCGGAGAAACCUGCUCACUCGACUUCAGCAGGAAUUCAUGGAGAGGGAACAGACACGUGCACGGUCCAUUUCGGAGUGGGUCUGCGUUGUCAUGUUCAUCUGUAACAUAUUUGAUUACCUUAAAGUUAACAAUGCCCCCAUUAGCGCACUGGUGGAUCCAGUGUAUGAUUGCUUAUUCCGACUGGCUCGGCCAGACGCUCUGAUGAAUGAAGAUGAGGUGGACUGUCUGGCAUUGCAGCUGCACCGUGUGGGUGAGCAGCUGGAGAAGCUGAACUUGCAGCGCAUGGACGAGCUCUUCUGCCUGCUGCGUGACGGCUUCCUUCUGCAGGACGGCCUGAGCUCCAUGAGUCGCCUUCUGCUUCUCGAGGUGCUGGAGUUCCGGGCCAGCGGCUGGGCCCUGAGUGCCUCUGCCCAGCGAUACUACUACAGCGAGGUCGUGGACUGAGCCAGGCAGAGCGUCGCUCCGCUCCCGGUCGACCGAUGCCCCACCUGCCAGCGUCCGGGGUCAGGCAUCUCUCUCUGAGGCUGAUGUGGACUGGUUGGACAGUGUGUGAAAAGUUUGGGUGUGAGGCCCAAGCACUUAAAUAAUAUGGAUACACGAGAGCCAGUUGCCCAUGUGUGUCUGAUCAUCUGAGUUUGGAGGCAGAAAUGUCAUUCUGUUAUAUUCUCAGAGGACUGAGUUGCGUGAGACAGUGAGUAGAGCCUUAAAGACCAAUUAUAUCUGGUUGUGGGAAACCAAUUGAUGCAUUAUAUAUUUUUUUUGUUUAUUUAUUAUUUUUUCUGGUUAUUUUAUCUUCUUUUUUUAUUUGACUGAACAGCAGUUUAUUUUUGCUGUUGACUGGUUGGUUGUUUUAUAAUAAUUUGAGGUUAAUGUUUUCUCAAUUUUAAGGAAUCUUAUUUUAAUCUUUGUUUUAAAUAUUUUCGAGAAUAUACUCCAAUUAUAUUCUGAUCCUCACCAGCGUUGUGAAAUGUCUUUUUAAAUUGACUUUUGGACGUGUGGGUUAGAUUUUUGUACAAAACCCUCUUGGUGUCUGGAGAAUCACUUUCAAAAUGUUUUGUACCCGUGAUAUUUGUAAAAAUAAACGGAUAUUUAGUAUUCA